AUUCUGGUGGCAGUUACAGAGAGGAAAAGAUAACAGACUGACAAGGCUCCUCCACAGUACUGAAUACCAUGGGCUGGCACGAUGGUUGCAUUCGUUGUAUGGUUGGAGUUCCAGUUGCUUCAGUCAUUGCUACUGUCCUUUGUUUCACCGGGGUUGCCCUGUUCUGUGGAUGUGGUCAUGAAGCUCUCAGUGGAUCUGAAAAACUAAUUGAGACCUACUUCUCCAAGAACUACCAGGAAUAUGAAUAUCUAAUUCAUGUGGUCAAUGCCUUCCAGUAUGCAAUUUAUGGAAUUGCCAUCUUCUUUUUCUUGUUUGGAAUUCUACUCCUGGCUGAGGGAUUUUAUACCACUACUGCAAUCAAACACAUUCUGGGGGAGUUUAAGCCACAAGCCAUAAAAGGGGGUCUUAUCUCUACUGUCACAGGUGGACCACCCAAAAGCAGAGGUCCGCGUUCAAGACACCCAGUACACACCUUAGAACUGCUUUGCCGUUGUCUAGGGAGGUGGCUGGGACAUCCUGACAAGUUUGUUGGCGUUACAUACAUUGUCACCAUCUUGUGGAUUCUUAUCUUUGCCUGCUCGGCUGUUCCUGUCUACAUUUAUUUCAACACCUGGGUCACUUGCCAGUCUAUUGCAGUUCCAGCAAAAACCUCAGCUGGCAUUAGUAAUCUGUGUGCUGAUGCACGCAUGUAUGGAGUCCUACCAUGGAAUUCAUUCCCAGGGAAAGUGUGUGGAACCAGUUUGCUUGCAAUCUGCAAAACCAGUGAGUUUCAGAUGACAUUCCACCUUUUCAUUGCUGCCUUUGUGGGUGCAGGUGCAACUCUUGUGGCUCUGCUCACAUAUAUGAUAGGUGCAUCUUUCAACUAUGCUGUGCUUCGAGUUACUGGCCGAAGCGAUCGAAAGUUUUAGACUCCAAGAUGAGGACUGAGUAAAAUUGUCUUCAACAAUGUCCAUAACAUAUUUUUAUCCUCUUUAUUUUAAUGUUGGAGUUUUAAUAACGUAUCUGGUAGCUUCUGUAGCUGGUCUGCCCUUUGUACCCAAUUUUAUUUUGCAGAUACCUUCCAGUAAAGGUGGCCAUAUAGUAUAAGGGCUGAUGUCAUGGCGUGACUGUCAACACAAAAGAUCUCUGUCAUAUCUGCUAUAUUUAUUAAAUAAUGCAUAUACUCACAUCUCAGAGAUUGCACACUGAUAGUCAUUUCUGAUUUGCAUGUUCUCAUUAGACAACAUAAUCAAAGCUUUUGGGCCGAUAUAUAAAGAAGUUUGCAGUGGUCGAAAAUGGUCUGUUUACCCUUUUAAACUGUACACUUUAACUCUGGAAAUGUUGUUAUUGUAUUUUUUAAUCCUAAGUACAGCUAGUAUGAAUCUAAAGUAAAAAAGGUACUCAGGUGGAAACCACAAAAAUACAAAUCAAAGUAUGUUUCACAUAAGCAACCAAUAUAGCUAAUUUUCUUUGCUCUACAAUUACCAUAAUCUAUUCAUGUAAAAAUAGUUUAUAUUUACUAGUUCACUAACAAUGUAUCAGUUUACCAUUUUUACAACAUAUCACACCAAUUCACUGCAACAGUUUAUUAUAGGGUUAUUUCAUGCCUGGAAUAUAUAUCCCAACCCCCCUGAGACAGUUCUCACCAAGGAAACAAAGCAGCCUGCCAUUUAUUUCAUACUCUACCUCUCUGGACCCAUAUAUGCGCUUGUAGUAAAUGCUCGGUCUAAUAGCUACUAGAAUUCUAAAAGUAGGAACCGUGAAUAAGGCAUGCUAUUUAUCUACCCAAGUUUUAAUAUUCAUUUAAUUAUUCAUUUAUUUCACUCAUUAUAAUAAAACAUCAAUUACAUUUUGUUAAAUUUAGCCAUGCACGAGUGUGAGAGUAUGUCGCCGAAUUUGACAGUGAUCAAUUUGUUUGCCAGUCAGCCUGAAUCACCAGACUUCAGUGUGGCCUGCAGUACUUUGUACAAGAUAAGACUGUCUUUGUUGAACCUUGCCUAAAGGGGUUAUGCACCAAUUCACUGACCUAUCCUCAGGAUAGAACAUCAAUAUCUGAUUGGCGGGUGUCUGACACCCGCCAUCCCCACUGAUCAGAUGGUUGAAGAAGAGAUGGCACUCCAUGCUAGUGUUGACUCCUCUUCAUUACACUACGAGUCGUCUCCCUUGCAGAGGCGGCGUAUUGUAAUUACGUAUUACA